AUGAAAGAAAGAGCUUCCAGGGUGGAGGACGACCUUAUCAAGCAAACCUCCAGGGCAGAGGCAGCGUUCAUUGAAAUGUGGAUCGUAGAGGACAGGGAGCUCCUGGCCGGUGGGGGAACGGGGCCCGAGGAGGAGGAAGAUGCUGAGGGCGACGACUUUUCUGAUGAGGGGAGUGAAGAGCGCGUCGUGGAAGAGGCUGCCGGUCUUGAUCCUGCCAGGGCAGGAACCCCUCAAGUCACGACAGCAGGGGCCCAAGAAGAGGACGAGACUGAGGAGACGAGGCAGCCCGAGGUGGAGGAAGAAGGGCUCGAGAUGGGUCCUCAAGCUCCAGAGCCAGGCCGCGCCCUGGCCGCGCGCUGCUCCGUCUGGCCGCGCCCGUCGCCCCGCGCCAACGCGCCUCCGCCUGCGCCCCUGCUCACUGCCCCGCGCGGCCUCGCCGCCACCGCUCCGCCGUACUGCCCCGUCUGGCCUCAAGACGCGCCCCGGCCGCGCUCACGGCGGCCCGCGCUCACCGUGGUCUCGCCCCGCACCAUUGCCUCACUCCCGCGCCGGUUCCCUCUCCCCUCUGUCCCCGCGCGAGCACCACCGCUCGCCGCUCGCCCCGUCGACGGCGCCCUCGCCUCCGUUCCCACCCUGCUCCCCCGCAAGCACCCCCCUCCUCUGCACUUGGCCGCGGCCCUGCUCCUGCGGCUCCCUCCACCGCGCCGGAGCCCCAGCGGUGGCCGGUGGUCGUGCCCGGGCCACGGCUCCCGUGCCUCCUCCCCGUUGUCCCGCGCCCGCUUGGGCAGUGCCCGCCGCCCGCGCCUGCUAAGGCCCAGUGGCCCUAUGACAAUGGGGCCCCACUCCAAAACGUUUAAAAAAAGAAUUUAA